AUUUUAAUAGGACAACUACAACAAGCUGCGAAUUCAAGAUGUCGGUGGACGCUUACGGACCGAGUUCACAAACAUUAACAUUUUUGGACACUGAAGAGAAUGAUUUGAUUGGCGGUGGCACCCAGGCCUCAGAUUUUGAUUAUCGUGACCUAACAUUGGCCUCACAAACACAGGCAUCACAAUUGGAAUGUGGCCUGGGAGUUAGUAGUGAUUUGCAAAACAAAUUGGGCACCACUAACGGCUCCGCCGACCUACAAUUCGAAGAGGAGGACGAAGACAACGCCUUGUGCCCCGUCGAUGUAUUGCCGCAACAUGCAUGCAAAUAUUGUGGCAUUCACGAUCCCGGUACGGUGGUAAUGUGUAACAAUUGUAAAAAAUGGUUUUGUAAUGGUCGUGGCAGUACAUCUGGUUCCCAUAUUGUCAACCAUCUGGUAAGAGCCAAGCAUCGUGAGGUCACUCUGCAUUCGGAAGGUCCAUUGGGUGAAACUGUAUUGGAAUGUUACUCCUGCGGUGUACGUAACGUAUUUGUUUUGGGUUUUAUACCGGCAAAGGCAGACUCGGUGGUGGUGUUACUUUGCCGUCAACCAUGUGCAGCUCAGAAUUCCCUAAAGGAUAUGAACUGGGAUCAGGAUCAGUGGAAACCAUUGAUAUCAGAUCGUUCGUUUUUGCCGUGGUUGGUAAAGGUACCAACGGAGCAGGAACAGCUGAGAGCGCGGCAAAUAUCAGCUGCCCAGAUAAAUAAACUGGAAGAGCUUUGGAAGGAGAAUAUCGAGGCCACUUUUCAGGAUCUUGAAAAGCCUGGCAUAGAUACAGAACCAUCGCAGGUUUUGCUGCGUUACGAAGAUGGUUAUCAAUAUGAGAAAAUAUUCGCCCCCUUGGUUAUGUUAGAGGCCGAAUACGAUAAGAAACUGAAGGAGUCCCAAACCCAGGAGGGUAUUGAAGUCCGUUGGGAUGUGGGUCUCAAUAAAAAGACCAUUGCCUACUUUACCUUGGCCAAAACGGAUUCGGACAUGAAGCUAAUGCACGGAGACGAAUUGCGAUUGCGGUACGUGGGAGAGCUGCACAAACCAUGGGAGUCCAUUGGUCAUGUCAUUAAAGUGCCCGAUAAUUUCGGCGAAGAUGUUGGCCUUGAACUAAAAUCGUCUGCCAAGGCGCCCAUUCAAUGUACGUCGAAUUUUGCAGUGGACUUUAUUUGGAAAUGCACUUCGUUUGAUCGCAUGCGUCGUGCCCUUAAAUUAUUUGCCCUCGAUCGUAAUUCGGUGUCUAAUUACAUCUAUUCGCGUUUGCUGGGGCAUGGGCGUCACGAUGGCUCCGAUGAAGUUGUAUUCCGUGGUCCCCCGCCCAAACUGUAUAGUGCACCUAACCUGCCCGACCUAAAUCGAUCUCAAGUCUAUGCCGUGAAGCAUGCGCUGCAGAGACCGUUGAGUCUUAUACAGGGUCCUCCGGGUACGGGUAAAACUGUAACCUCAGCCACCAUUGUGUACCAACUGGUGAAACAACAUGGUGGUACUGUGUUGGUGUGUGCCCCCAGUAAUACUGCCGUCGAUCAACUGACCGAGAAGAUCCAUCGUACCAACUUGAAAGUGGUCCGAGUAUGUGCCAAGUCCCGUGAAGCUAUUGACAGCCCUGUAAAUUUCUUGGCCCUACACAACCAAAUCCGAAACAUGGAAACAAACAUCGAGUUGAAAAAACUGCAGCAAUUGAAGGACGAAACGGGUGAGCUGUCCUCGGCCGAUGAGAAACGCUAUAGAACCCUGAAGAGAGCAGCCGAAAACCAACUGCUCGAAGCGGCAGACGUCAUCUGUUGUACUUGCGUGGGUGCUGGAGAUGCUCGCCUCCAGCGAAUUAAGUUUACUUCGAUACUGAUUGAUGAGUCUAUGCAGUCCACCGAGCCGGAGUGCAUGGUGCCAGUAGUACUGGGUGCCAAGCAGCUAAUUUUGGUUGGUGAUCAUUGCCAGUUGGGUCCGGUGGUCAUGUGCAAGAAGGCAGCUCGUGCCGGUCUCUCGCAGAGUUUGUUCGAACGUUUAGUGGUGUUGGGCAUACGACCAUUCCGUUUAGAAGUUCAAUACCGUAUGCACCCAGAGCUGUCCCAAUUCCCAUCUAACUUCUUUUACGAAGGCUCACUGCAGAAUGGCGUGUGUGCCGAAGAUAGAAAACUCAAAAUUGAUUUCCCUUGGCCACAACCAGAUCGGCCAAUGUUCUUCUUGGUGACCCAGGGGCAGGAAGAAAUUGCAGGUUCAGGCACGUCCUAUCUUAAUCGUACUGAAGCAGCAAAUGUGGAAAAGAUAACCACGCGCUUCCUGAAGGCCGGUGUCAAACCGGAGCAGAUCGGCAUUAUAACACCGUACGAAGGUCAACGGGCAUACUUAGUGCAGUACAUGCAGUACCAGGGCAGUUUACACUCAAAACUGUAUCAAGAAAUUGAAAUUGCUAGUGUGGACGCCUUCCAGGGUAGAGAGAAGGACAUCAUCAUUAUGUCAUGUGUAAGAUCAAAUGAAAAGCAAGGUAUUGGUUUCCUGAGUGAUCCACGACGUCUGAAUGUGGCCUUAACACGAUCCAAAUACGGUACCAUCAUUGUUGGCAAUCCGAAGAUACUUUCGAAGCAGCCUUUGUGGAAUCAUCUAUUGAAUUUCUAUAAGGAUCGCAAAGUGUUGGUUGAAGGAUCCCUGAACAACUUGAGGGAGUCCAUGAUUCAAUUCCAGAAACCCAAGAAACUUGUAAAUACCCUAAAUAUGGGAGCUCACUUCAUGAGUACGAUGAUGGCAGAUGCUCGCGAAGCCAUAAUACCGGGGUCCUUCUACGAUCGUUCGGGACAAUUUGGUUACACCGGUACCACCGGAUCCCAGAACUACGGCUACAACUUCGGCAACAACUUAAUUGGUGGCAACAACUCGGCAUUUGGCUUCGGCAAUACUUCGCACAUGCAAAAUAUGGGAGGACUUAAUAAUGCCUCGCACCUGAACAGUUUUAUGAAUCCGCAAGCGGGAGGUGCAGGUGGCGCAGGACUUGGUGGUGGCUUUGGUGCUCCCGGCUCUCAACGCCACAACAUCAACCAACUGGCAAACACUGGUCUCAGCAAUGGUCCCAACAAUCAACAAUGGCAUAACUUCCAGCACGACUCGAUAUCGUACAUCUCAACGGAGAGAGCCCAAGCUGCCAUGAACAACAUGCCGGUUCCCGUCGGUAUGUUUAUGAACAUGAGCAACAUACCGCCACGCUUCUACAAUCAACAUCAACAAGCUAUACAAGCUGCAGCUAAGCAGGGUAGACGUACUGGUGGCAGUAGCGGCGUUGGUGCUGUGGGCUCGACCAUUGGCAGCAAUUCGAAUGCCAACAAAAAUAUUUCAAGCAAAGCCCCCGGCAAGGGUAGAAAUACAAGUGCUGCCGCUGGUAGUGCUACAACAAAUGCCCUGGCUGCGGCGAAUGCUGUUGCUUCCACUCAAUCUUCGCAGAACUCAGCAGCUAUAUUGACACAGAAGAAUAUGUCACAGCAGAUGAGUCAAAGUGUCUUCACUGGCUUGUCACAGCAACCAGAACUUUCACAAGAUUUUGGUCAGAUAUCUCAAAUGGAUGGUAUCUUAUCGCAAGAUGUCGGUUUUGGAACUGAUGCUCUUAACAAUGAUCGCUUAAAUUUAGGUCUUAAUUCGCAGAGCCAAUUCUCACAGCCCUAUUGAUAGACAGCAAGACAGGUUGGUGAUCUACGGCCACGUAUAACGUGCAGUAGAAGCAACGACAGCAGCAAGAAAUAUUAAAAGCAACAGAUGACGACGACGAUGAUGAAACCUAGAAAACAAAACAACAACUAUCACAACAAACAAAAAGAACAAGAACA